AACUGUAAAAUUUGUUAUCUGUCUUGAAUAUCUCGUUAGGAGAGAAAACAAUGCAACCACAAAAUUAUAAAAAGACAGUUUGCAGAUUGUGUCUUAAUAUUAUAAGCGAUACUAAUGAUAAAGUAAUAGAAGAAGCCCUAAGGGAAAUUCUAAAGUUUACUUUGCCGAACCUAGGUUUGGGGGAGAGAGACAAACAGUUCAUGUGUAAAGUGUGUUCUGUGAAAUUAUUCGCUGCUUUCAAUUUUAAGUCGGCAUGUAUGGGUGCCGAGGAUAUUAUAUCUUUAUAUGUUAAUGCCAGUAAAGCAAUUGACUUAAAGGAAAUUUAUCUAGAGGAGAAUGGAAAUAUUCAGUUAACUGAUAUAUCAGAAAAUGAGAGAAUUUGUCGAUUGUGUAUUCAGUUGGUAACACGUAGAUCUGUGUCAUUGAAUGAAGUUGAUGCGGAUAUAAUCGAUACAUAUAUACCACAAGUAAACUUCAGUAUUACCAAUGACCCCGUUUUGUGUGGAUCAUGUUUUGAUUCACUUUGUACUCAUGGCACGUUCUUAAAUAACUGCAUUGAUGCACAGGAGAAACAUAAAAACGAACAGUUUUGUAUUAAAACUGAGAAGAUUGCAAUAAAACUGGAAGAAGAUGGUCAAGAUGAACAGGUGAAAUAUAAAACUGUUGAAGAGGAGCCUUUUAAAUCUGAAGAAGCUGAAAUAAAACUGGAAGAAGAUGAACAAGACAAAUAUACAGAGAUUGAUAAGCCGUCUUAUAUUAAACCCGAAGAGACUGAAGUAAAAUUGGAAGAACAUGACGCUCAGGAGAAAUAUAAAAGUGUUGAUAAGCAGUCUAUUAAAUCUGAAGAGAUUGAAAUAAAGGUAGAGGAAUGUGACCAGAACGGUGAUUUCACCUCAUAUGAUUUAUAUAAUGAAGCAAUUGAAAAUAAAAAGCACACUUAUCAAGCUGAAGGAGAAAUAAAAAAUGAAUAUGUGUGUAAAUGUGAGACAGAAGAAAUUCAAAUGAACAAACAUGAAACUCUAUUAGAUAAAACACCACAUAAGAGUGGAAAUAAAAGAAAGCUGACGGGCAGUUUACCACACGAAAUUGCUCCAAAACUAAAGAAGUACAAACAGGAUAAAUUUGUACAUGGUACUAAUUACAACAAUAGUUCUACGUGUCAUGAGGAUGCUUCUAAAGCACAAAUGUAUAAAUGCAGUAUGUGUGCUUACGAAACUAAACAUAAGGGCCAUCUGAAGGUGCACCAGUUAACGCACAAAGACCCUUCUAAAAUCCAAAUGUACAAGUGUGAGGUAUGCAGCUAUGAAAGUAAAUAUAAGGGACAUCUAAAAGACCAUCAGUUAUUGCACAAAGACCCUUCGGAAAUAAAAAUCUACAAGUGUGAUACGUGUAAUUACAAAUUUAAGCGGAAGGGUCAUCUGAAGGCCCAUGAGUUAACACACAAAAACCCUUCUGAAAUCCAAAUGUAUAAAUGCGAUACAUGCAGUUACGAAACUAAACAAAAGAGUCAUCUGAAAGUGCAUCAGGUAACCCACAAAAACACUUCGGAAAUCCAAACGUACAAGUGUGAUAGAUGUAGUUUUGAGACUAAACGUAAGAGUUACCUGAAAGAGCACGACGUAUCGCAUAAAGACCCCUCGGAAGUUCAAAUGUAUCAGUGUGAUGUGUGUAAGUUCAAAACUAAGUACAAAAAAUGCCUAAAGAGGCACCAGUUAAAGCACAAAGACCCUUCAGAAAUUCAAAUGUACAAGUGUGAUAUGUGCACUUAUGAAUCCAAAUAUAUGAGGGGCUUAAAAGUGCAUCAGUUAAUACACAAAGACCCCUCGGAAAUCCAAAUGUACAAGUGUGACACUUGUACUUACGAAACUAAAUUUAAGGAUAAGCUAAACAGACAUAAGGUAACACACAAAAACAUUUCAGAAACCCAAACUUACAAAUGUGAUGCAUGUGGAUAUGAAACUAAACAUAAGAGAUAUCUCAAAGAUCAUCAGUUAAGACACAAAGAUCCUUCAGAAAUCCAAAUGUACCAGUGUGACAUUUGCACUUAUGAAACCAAGUAUAAGAGUGGUCUAAAAGUGCAUCAGUUAUUGCACAAGGAACUUUCAGAGAUCAGAAUGUACCAGUGUGAUAUGUGCUGUUUUGAAACUAAGCAAAAGAGUAAUCUGAAAGUGCAUAAGCUAAGGCACAAAGACUCUUCUUCAAAAAUCGAAAUAAACGAGUGUGAUACAUAUAGUUGGGAAACUAAGUGAGAUCAGUCUUCAGGUGGACAUUUGGCAAUGGUUUUUCUGUGUCUGCCCUAGAAAAAUAUAAAUGCAAAAUUGAUGGAAAAAAUAUUUUUUGCGACACUGAAGGAAAUAAAAUGUUAAUGUAUCGCAAGAAAGAAUAAAAAGCAUUUUAAAAUUAAUUAUGGGACAUAAGGAUCAUUCUAGUCACUAAUGAAGAAUAGGAAGAUUUUUUUAGGGUUGUUCGGGAUAUAAGAUUUUAUUUCUAAAAAAUAUGCCGAUGCAAAUAUUCCUUGCGUCAAACAGAGGAGAAGAUAUUGAUGUCCAUCCCCAUUCUACUAGAAACCUCAGAAUUCUGACACCACUGAGUAUUUUUGAAAUUUGAUUAGCACAUUUGUUUCCCGACUGUAUUUCAAAUAAAAAAAGGCCAUUUUACAGUUUAGUUAGAAAACAAACCAUUUUUGAGUACCGUUUUUUAAAAUCUAAAAAUUCUUUUCUUAUAAUUAUGAUUUUAAAUACAAUCAAGUGUUAUAAAAAGUUUCAUCAGACUAGAGAGAUUUUUAUAAAUGUAAUAUUUUUCAAAACCUUUUAACAUUAUC